CAUCUCUAGCGGACGGGGAAAAUAAUGAAAUAAUCGUGGAAUUACGAGAAACUUUUGAAAUUCCGUAAGAUGUUGGGUGUUCUACGUAUCCAAGGAGCGUUGGCUACGACGGGGCAGGUGCGUCUUCUGUCCGCCCGCCUGCUGGCCAGCAAAUCCACCACUGACAUGACCACAAACCGCGGAGAAUCCUCACAAUCGGCGGCUACCGAGCACUUUGAUAUAAUCAUUGGAGGCGGCGGACUGGUGGGCACCACAUUGGCCGCCGCUCUGGCCAAGAACCCGACGUUGGCGGACAAGAAGGUGCUGCUGCUGGAGGGUGCGCCCGAGUUCCGGGGAUUUAAUCCCACUGGGCCAUACCAGAAUCGCGUAUCCGCCAUCAAUCACAACUCCAUUGAGCUAUUCAAGUCCAUAGAUGCGUGGACGCACAUCGAGUCGGCGCGCUACAAGCCCGUCAAGCAGAUGCAGGUGUGGGAGUCCAAUACGGAUGCACUGAUCCAGUUCCAGCACGAUAACUUUGCCAGCGAUGUGGCCUGCAUCAUUGAGAACGAUUUGAUCCUGGAUGCGGUCUAUGCGCGGGUCAAGGAAGCGCCCAAUGUGGAGAUCCUCAACAAGGCCAGAAUCCAGUGCGUUCGCCUGCCCAGGGACUCCAACUCCAAUCUCUCCGAGCUGCAGCUACAGGAUGGACGCUCCUUUUCCUGCGAUCUGCUCAUCGGAGCGGAUGGCGCCAAUUCCGUGGUCAGAAAGGAGAUGAACGUGGAUGUGUUUUCCCUUAACUACGACCGCAUGGGCCUGGUGGCUACGCUGGAACUCGGCGAAGAUGCCUGUGAUAAUUCCGUGGCGUGGCAGAGGUUCCUCCCCAACGGACCAGUGGCACUGCUACCCCUAACGGACAGGCUGAGCUCCCUGGUCUGGAGCACCACCAACGAGCAGGCCAAAAUGCUGCAAGCCCUGCCACCCACGGAAUUCGUCGACGCCCUCAACGAAGCCUUCUGCCGGCAGUAUCCGCGCGUGGAGCUCGCAGACAAGGCUGUCCAGGCGCUGAACUCCUUGUUCGGACACAAUGGCAGCCAGCACCAGGUGCAGUAUCCGCCACGGGUGUGCGGCGUGCUGGACAAGUCGCGUGCCACGUUUCCACUCGGUUUUCUGCACGCCUCGUCGUAUGUUUGCAAUGGAGCCGCUCUGGUGGGCGACGCCGCCCAUCGAGUGCAUCCGCUCGCCGGCCAGGGCGUCAAUCUGGGCUUCAGCGAUGUGCGGUAUCUGGUGGAAUCGCUGGCAGCCGGUGCAUACGCCGGCUUCAAGCUCGGCGACAAGCAGCAUCUCAUCAAGUACGAGCGCAAGUGUCUGGCCAAGAAUGUGCCCAUCAUGCUGGGCGUGCAUGGCCUGCACACGCUCUACGCCACGCAGUUCAGUCCGGUGGUCUUGCUGCGCAGCUUGGGUCUGCAGCUGACACAGAACUUGCCGCCCGUCAAGAACCUGUUCAUGCGCGGAGCGAUGGGUCAGUAGAACAGGGACAAUAAGUGGGUAAAAUUAAAUCUUAAGUGUUUACUGUUUGCACAUCACUUGUGAGCGGAAUAAAGUCAGAGUUUAUAUAA